AUGCCGGGCCUUUACCGAGCCAAGCGAUCAUGGCUCCUCCGUCUCAACCUGAAGCUCCUCUAUACAAUUCCCUCCAUACAACGCGAAUCGGCGCAUCCGUUGCCCGUUUUCGGCUUCAACCUGAAGGGAUGGUCGAAAAUACAACGUCCCGUCCACGUCACCUGGCAAACCGCAAGUUCGGGAAACGCACCGCUAGAGAGUCCCUGCGCACCCGUCAAAGCCACACCUCCUGUCUUGACCAUUCCUGCGUUCCUCUACAUCUACAUCUCUACUGAGCUCGAUCAUCACUACGUUCGAACGGGCUUGGUUCUGCACAAGUUGCUUUAUUAUGCAACGCGCGUACAGACUCUGUCUUUGCGGACCACCACAUACACAGCAAUAUUGCCUCGACCACCAGCUGAGCUGUUCCCUUCAUAG